AUGUGGCUUCUGGAAAUGUCCGUUUUACGACGCCGGGUGACCGAGGUUGCGCGACCAGGUGCAGCCGCGAUGGCGCUGGUCACCGUCCAGCGGUCGCCGACCCCGAGCGCGACCUCCAGCCCGUCUGUGUCGGAGUCAGGCAGUGGUGAGGAUGACUGUCGCUCCCAGCCCAGAAGUAUCAGCGAGAGCUUCCUUACAGUAAAAGGUGCAGCCCUCUUUCUCCCAAGAGGAAAUAGUCCCAAGCCAAACUCUGCACCUCAUAUCAGCCAACGCUGGAACAAGCACACAGGGGAUCUCCAGAAGCAUCUUCAGACUAUGUUCACUGUGCUGCGGCCGGAGGAUACAAUCCGACUGGCUGUGCGUCUGGAGAGUUCCUACCCUCAGGUUACCCGCUACAUGGUGGUGGUUUCCACCAAUGGUAGACAGGACACAGAGGAAAGUAUCGUUCUUGGCAUGGACUUCUAUUCCUCUGACAGUUGCUGUACAUUGGGUCUGGUUCUACCUCUGUGGAGUGACACGCUGAUCCACUUGGAUGGAGAUGGAGGUUUUAGCGUGUCAACUGUGAACCGAGUUCAUGUUUUCAAGCCAGUCUCAGUCCAGGCAAUGUGGUCGGCUCUCCAGUCGCUUCACAAAGCGUGUGACGUUGCCCGCUGCCACAAUUACUACCCAGGCAGCCUAUUCCUAACAUGGGUCAGCUAUUAUCAGAGCAGAAUCUCCUCCAACCAGUUCUGCAUCAAUGAGUGGAACGCCAUGCAAGAUGUUGAGUCACGCCGUGCCAAUUCACCUGUUCUCUUCACAGAUUUGCCCACUGAGAGAGAGCGCACAGAGAGACUGAUCAAGAUGCGCCUCAGAGAAAUCAUGAUGCAAAAAGACUUGGAGAACGUCACCUGCAAGGAGAUCCGCACAGAGCUGGAGAUGCAGAUGGUGUGCAACCUGAGGGAGUUCAAAGAAUUCAUAGACAAUGAAAUGAUUGUCAUCCUUGGACAAAUGGACAGCCCCACGGAGAUCUUUGAUCAUGUUUACCUGGGCUCUGAGUGGAACGCUUCCAACCUGGAGGAGCUGCAAAACAGCGGCGUCCGUUACAUCCUGAAUGUGACUAGAGAGAUAGACAACUUUCCCGGAAUGUUUGAGUACCACAACAUCAGGGUGUACGACGAGGAGGCCACCAACCUGCUGGAGUACUGGAACGAAACCUACAAGUUCAUCACCAAAGCCAAGAAAGCCGGUGCCAAGUGUCUGGUUCACUGUAAGAUGGGCGUGAGCCGAUCGGCCUCCACAGUGAUCGCCUACGCUAUGAAGGAGCACGGCUGGACGCUAGACGCCGCCUUUGAAUAUGUGAAGGAGAGACGAGCCGUCACCAAACCGAACCCGUCUUUCAUGAAACAGCUGGAGGAAUACCAAGGAAUUCUGCUCGCCAGCAAACAGAGACACAAUAAACUGUGGCGCUCCCACUCAGACAGUGACCUGUCAGAUCGUCCAGAACAAUUGUGUAAAACCUCAUCUCACCCCUUGGGGCGCUCAGAGUCUCAGAGCAACAACAAUUCCUCCACUGCCUUGCAUCACUUCCUGGGCGUGGCUAUGCUCCAAGCUCUAGUUUCUAAGCCCGAUGACACCACGAAAUCAAUCUCUGACCUGCGCUCACACAAUGGCGAUGCACGCGACUCACCAGUUGUGGAGUCGGUCCGAAUGGAUUCCGAUGGCCUGCUCUCGCCUCACUUGCCACAUCCAAACGUAACCACGCUCACCUCAGAGGAAACAUCUGCCAAAGCUGCGGGCCCGAUCGUCACGGCACUUGGCGUCAUUCCCGAUCCUCUCCCAUCGCUCCACAUCCUCCCCCCAACUCCUCAAGUUCAGCGUCCCCAUGAGGAUAGUGUGACUCCGUUGGCCAACCCAGAGAACAAACCACUAGAACUGUUACUUCACUUCCCAGAGCAAAGCAGCUCUGAGGACCUUUCUCCCAUCACCGUGAUGUCCUCGGACAUCUCACAACAGUCGCCGUCGGAUUCUCAGAGUGACAAACACAGCCCUCCCAGCCCGGUCGGCGACACCCCUCUCCCCACGCCGCUCGCCUCAACCGGAGCCAGCGACGACAACAACAACCCCAUCGAACCUCAAGCCGCCGUCACCUCGGACGGCCACGGCGAAGCCGACGGCUCAUCCGACCACAGCUCGGAUAGCAUUGACUUCUUCAGCGCCAGGGAGAAGUUUCUGGGCUUAGCCCAAGAGGACAAAACACAGAAACUGACGGAGCAGAACCUCAACGGUGACGACAACAGAGAAACUGAAGAGGAGGAAGUGAGUGAACAAGGGACAAGUCAGUCGGAGGAUAGCGACGACAAGCUUAGCCCUGACAGUCAGCGUCAGGCGCACCACGACAACGGAAUAUCAGUCCGCCAUAUUGUCACUGAAAUCGAAGCCAUAUGCCACCCGAAUACUUCCUUGUCGUCUCCCACCUCAACUUCUCUGUCGCCCUUCUCUCCACCCCCGCGCAGCCUUCCGCUCAUCCGGUCAGAUUUUCGGGAGGAGAUGGAGCCCGAAGUCCCUUUGCACUCUUCGACUCCUCCCUCGCACCCGGAGUCUCCCUCGACGCCGGCGGGGUCCGUGCGACGUGCCACCGAGCAGCUGGAGCAGAAGCUGAGGCGGGAAAUACUGGAGACGGCAGCGACGCAGCGCUCCCCACUGCCGUCCCCGUGCACCGAAAACCCUUCUUCUCGACUGUCUGAACAUCCAACCGGCUCCACGGAACACAAGCCCAGCCAGGGCGAGACCACCGUGGAGGACACAGUUGCACUAACAGGACUGAACAGCUCAGGAACAGUUGACCUCCAAAACACUUCCAUCAGUCAAGUUGGUGCUCUGCUACAUCCUCUAAGCCAUAUGACACAUGAUUCUCACACAGUAGACUGCUCUCGUCAUACCUCAGCCCAAACCCAAAGAGACAGCGGGCCCCAAAUGAGCCUGGAUGGGGUCACAAUCCAGGAAUCGAACCCCGAUGAGAACUCAGAGUCCUCGGGCGGUGGAGGAAGUUGCAGUCCCGACUGCGACGCCCGGAAGCGUCUGGCACGCGGCAGCCAGGAGCUGGAAAAGAUUCAGCAGACGCUGAGAGAACUGCAGGCGUUCCUCCAUGACACGGGGCAGCCUAAGGGUCCGAGGGACAUCAUGGAAGUGGAACUUCCUACCGGACCGGUCGCGGCGCAGCCGCUCAGACGAGGCAGGAAGAACUUCCCGGAGCCCGCCAGCUGGCAUCGAGCCAUCGAGCUGGAGGCUCGCAUCCGCCAGGCGGGCCUCACCCCUCCUUCUUUCAUGAAGAGGUCGGCCUCCUUGGCUAAACUGGACUGCCUGGAAUUGUCAGCCAACGACCUCAGCGACCUCGACCAGAGGCCGCACGCCCGGAUGACGACGACGGAGUCGUACUCCCGCAACGCUCUCUCCAGGUCUGCAUAUCACUCGGACGACACGUGGAAGAAGCAGAAAGUUUUCACGCCGGGCAACCGCACGGAAAAGACACGUUCGUCCCUUGAAGACUUCCCUCUGUGCCUCUCCCCCGAGAGGCGAGAGCGAGAAAAGCCGGAUGGCGGCGGGGGCGGCUCACUGUCCGCAGUUUCACGGCAACAGGGCAGGGCUCACUUUUCCCGACGUUCCCGGAAAGCCGGCGAAAGGAAGCACCGCGCCGCUGCCGCCACACUGCUGUACAACACCAUGUGACCUCACUGGAUGGAGCGCACGCGAGGGGACAGGACUGACUCGGCUCCGAGUGCAUCAAUGGAAUUUGUAGCAGGUGUGUUUGCAAUGUGAUGAGUAACGUGUGCGUCUGCGGGUGGCUGCAAGUCAAAUUAUGAGGGGACCUUCAGAGACACGGAUCUAUGGAAAGCCAUCGAAGAAUUUAUUCGAUCAAUUCUCAAAUGGCUUUCCGUGGAAGUCAAGAUUACCUCUCACGCCACCACAACUGAAAUAUUCCCUCAUAAUAUUCUGAAAUGUUUUUAUACUGUUCGCCAGUGUUCGGGUCGUGUGUCGUGUGGGAGGUCAUCCUGAAUCGUGUUGCUGGCGACCCCUCACGUCAACUACUGGAUGUGUUUGAACUGGAUUGACAAGCUGUCGUGCACACAAUGAACCACGCACGCUGUGCAUGUCUGGGUUGCUUUAUUUUGGUUUAUUUUAUUUUAUUUUUUUUUUUAUUUCCAGUGUGUGUGACUGCAAAGUGUAUAAAACUCCAACAACAAGAGGGCUUCUUCUCAAAACAUGCACUUUACUGUUUUGAUCAUUUUAUUUCUUAAUCUACAAUGUUUUGCACUGAUGUCAAUGGAGGCUCGACGGUCUCGUACUUUUGUUUUUCCACAAAUGGACCGUUGUCUGUAAUUUGUUUUAAUUAAAACGGGGCAAAGCGGAUCAUGUUCAAUGCUUUUGUUUUUUUAAUUCAGCGCCUUAGCAGUUAAUAAAAACAGUGGGCUCGU